UGGUGGAGGAGAGAGCUCGACUAUACUUCUCUCAAAUGCAACCAUCCUCUGUACAUUAAAGACCUCCUACUCGCUGUUUUGCAGCAUUUGAAAAAGUAGUCAUGUUCAAGAGAAGGCCAUUGCAAGAUAGUGACAGACCCCACCACACUCCUCUCCCUCCUCCUCCUACCUCUUCCCUCCCUCCCUCCUCCUCUUCUCAUCGUCCCAUUCCUCCAAGACGAGAACUGGUCUUUCAUGCUCAGUUGGCCCAUGGGAGCUCCACUCAGGAUAUCAAAGACUUUUCAAAUGUUAAGGAGCUUUACGCUAAAAUUGCAUCCACUUUUGAGCUGGAGCCUUCGGAUAUUAUAUUCUGUACAUUGAAUACUCCAAAGAUAGACAUGUCAAGGCUGCUAGGAGGUCAGAUUGGUUUGGAUGACUUCAUAUUCACUCACAUAAAGGGAGAAACUAAAAACAUCACUUUAACGAAACAAGAAACCUCACUCGGUCUCACCAUCACUGAUAAUGGAGCUGGUAAUGCUUUUAUUAAAAGAAUAAGAGAAGGGAGUGUGGCCUCUCGGUCUCCUGAUGUUGCUGUUGGUGACAUGAUUGUAUCCAUUGAUGGGCGGAGUCUCAUUGGAGUCAGACACUACGAGGUUGCAAGAUUGUUAAAAGAACUUCCGAGAUACUAUAGUUUUGAUAUGACACUAGUGGAACCAAGAAAAGCAUUUGCUGUUGCUCCAAGAGGACUAGGUCAGUCUAACCCAAAGCCGGUUUCAAAACUAUUAGACGAUCCUUCUUCCUCUGUCUCUGACACUGCCUCUCUCUCCUCCUCCUCUAACACUGAGAGACCUCCAACCCUCAGACUAAAGUCGGACGGACAAGCAUUGAUAGAAGAAGCAAUGACUUCAUGGACUAAGCAAACUGUAGAGAGAGUGGACGAUCUACUGGAGAGUUUCAUGGGAAUCAGAGACAACCAGUUAGCUCAUGUUAUUGUUGAUUUAGCUCGGGAUAAGAGCAGUGUUGAUGAGUUUAUUGAAACUGUCGCAUCUUCAAGUUCACUGGGUCAUUUCCAAUUUCCUCCUGACUUCAUUACUGAACUGUGGAGUGUGAUACGAUGAGUGUAGAGAUAGAGAAAGAGUGGAGGAAGGUUUUAUAUUAUUUAUUUUUUACC